GCGUGCUGUGUGUGUGGAGGGGAGUGCUAGCAUUUAUUACUACGGUUUAAGGAUCUCUAAAUAUGGUUUGUUUGGUGUAAUCUACACUCCCAAUGGCUAAAGUCUCUGUCUUGUGUUGUUUCUAACGUCCUCUCUUUCUUAAUCUCUUCUCUCUGCUGAUUUAACAGAGAGCCAAGAACAGGAUGUUGAUAAGCAGUGAUUCUGGAGUAAAUAUGGUGCUGGGAUUUGAUGAUUCUUUGCAAAAUGUUUUAACACAAACCAUGCUCAAUCAGGAGGAGAUUUUCAGGAACCAGGUCCUUGAACUCCAUCGGCUCUAUCAAAUUCAAAAGAUAAUGAUGAAGGAGCUGGACCCUAAAAGGAGCGGUGGAGACAGCCCACAUUUUUUUGUUGGUCCUUUCUCGAAACACAUGAAAUAUGAAUCCCUAGCAACAGAAACGAAGUUGGGUGAAGUUCACAUGAUAUGCUCCUCAAGAUCUAUGAAGAAUCCUUGUCUACAAGAGCACAGAGCUAUCCCAAGGCACCAGAGAAGGCCUCUAGAUCUCGAACUUUCUCCUAGUCAUUACACCCAUGAUGAUGAAGGCCUUACAAGCGAAAGUUAUGGUUGUGUCACUCAAGAAGUUUCUGGAAAAAUGAAGUAUGACGUCUAUGAUGAUAAAUUGUCUUCCAUGGAGGAGCUUAAGCUCUCUCUGGGAGCAGAUGCAGAAGCUUGGCAAAAAGUUGGUAGCAGAAAAUCCUGCAAGGAUAAGAUUAUAUGUUCUCCUUCCCGAGAGACUACUAGUUUAGAAGGAUCCACUUAUUUUGGAGAUCUUGUGACCCGACAUGGGCUUGGGUGUCCCAUCCAGGUCACUAACUCUGGAGCAAAGCAUGAAUUUGGUGGAUCCAGUUGCAGUUUCAGUUUCAGAAGUAGGAAAACUGAUGUUUUUUACAGGAUUUCAGAAUCUCCCUCAGUCACAGAUAGCAGACCAAUUCUUCUUGAAAGGAAACACUUCAAUCAAGGUGUUGAACAAUGCCAUGAUGAGCUCCCACAGAAAAGUAUGUCAGCCAGAAGAAAGCUGUUUACUUCUCAUGAAGUGGGAGAACUGGACCUCAACAAGGCUCUUCCUGAUGAAUCAUCCGUUCACUCGAUUGAUCACUGGACAUCCAAUCCCUCAAAGUGUACCUCUUCAGGUGUUACAGAUGACGAGGUUGGCAGAUAUGGUCAACCCACUCAUUUGACGGAUCUUGACUGGCGAAAACCAAAGAAUAAUUGCUCUAAUGAGUCGUCUGCAUUGGUGAUGGGUCGCCAGGACAUGGCGAACUCAACUUUGACAACUUUACCAAGCAGAUGUACUGGGGAACAUAUUUGUGGAAGUAUAUUGUGCUCUGAGGGUACUGGUUCUGUUUGUCGACCACCUUCGGACAAUAAAGACACCAACGUUAGACUCAAAAAAGCAGAAUCUGAAAUAAGUUUAGCUGACCAAGCCUGUCAGAAGACAUUUAUACCUGAAAUGAAUAGUAAGAAGAAUAAAGAAGAGAAGCUGCAUUCGCAUUACUCCUGUCAAGAACUUCUUGAGGGCACAGACAGCAAUAGAUCUCCCGUCUCUUGCAAGUCUGAUGGGACCACAGACGAUAUAUCAAGCAACACUAGGACAAGGGAAUGUGGUAUUGGUACGUCAAACUCAAAUGUUUCGGCUAGUGUAUUCCAAAAUUCUGAGUCUUCUCUAGUUACCACGAAACCAGUUGAGCACAAUGUGGCGACUUCAGUGGAAAUGAAAUCUCAGUCUUAUCCGAAGAAGGAAGACGUCGAUAUUAUGGUCCGAAAAGGAGCUGUCUCUCUCUUAUACUUUUCAUCGGAAUGUUCAACUCGAAUUAAAGAUCAUGUUCUCGAGACCCAAAAAACAAAGGGAAACCAUAAUGUCGUGAAGGACGUUCCACAAAGCUCAUCCGAAUCCUAUGAAGCAAUUGUGCUAAAUCAACGGGAGUGCAGUGCCGAGGAAUACUGCAUGUCAUCAACUCCAUUUGAAGUAAGCAGCUCAAAUAAGAAGGAUCACGGUGUGAAGUUGAGGCGAGGGAGGAGAAUGAAGGACUUUCAAAAGGACAUUCUGCCGAGCAUGUCGUCCCUAUCUAGACAGGAGAUAUGUGAAGAUAUAAAAAUCAUGGAAUUAGCUAUUCGAUCCAGAGAAUACAAGAAAUACAGAUCCAAGACGACUAACAGAAACGACUGCUUUUCAUCAGCUAGAAGUAAGAGGUCGAGACUUAGCUACGUAGGCCGUAGAUACUAUUCUUGAGGGAUUUUCCUUUUUUAAAUUUCUUUUUCAAGCUAGGAACUGCAAUAUGAUUUUUUCGAUGGACUUUUAGGUGUUCUUUUCAUUAUAAGAAUUUGCAAAUGUUGAAAUGUGAUUUAUUAGCUGGAGUU